CUUAAACCAGCCCGAAGAGUUUUUCAUGUAGCAUAGAGUAAAUCCCUUGAAUGCGAUGGUAUAAUUUAUCAAUAAAUGUAUCUAUAUCCUCGCUAACUCUUGCUAUAUAAGCUCUAUACGUUAUUAUGUUUUCUAACAUAAUUUUUAUUUCUUUAAAAAGACAUGGUGUAACAGUUACAUCCGUUUUGAUAUUUUGCAGUCUUAAAUAUAAGACAAUGUAAUUAAAAGCAAGAAAAAUAAUCGCAUUAGUUAUUGCGUUCCAAAGUCAUUGCAUCAUUGCUUGAAAUAUAGCAUAUUUUACAGUUAAAAAUAUCAUACUUUUGACAUAUUAUGGCAACUGAUUAUCAAGGUCAUCAGAAAAUCAGAUUACACGAGAGUUUCGCUUUUUUUAUGCGAGUGAUUGUCUCGAAAGUUUGUCACAUAAUUUUGACUUCAAGAAUAUGUAACGUUUUGCUUUUAACAGUGACACAAAUACUUUUUUAAAUAACGUGUAUGUGAAACCAGACAAAAGUAAAAAUGAUUAAAGAAUAUAUUGAUGAUGGGCCGACUUUCGACCUGGCCCAUCUUUCAAACCGGUUCACCUUGGUUCAACGUUAAAAACAAGAAAAAAGGGACGUCAUGCGGUUUCUUCCGUCUGCUUCGUAGUUUGCAUCGCGCUUGAUGUUGACGGUGAAACUUUUUUCUUCACAAUCCGCAGUCGAUGGAUAGCUCUCGCGGUGGCUACCACGAUUUCCUCUCUCAAGACAGAUAAUACAAAUUGUGCUUGUCACAAGUUUGCUAAAUGUUAACUUCGUUUAUUUGUCACUCAAUCCAUUAGCAGUCACUUGUAAAAAAUCUCGUGAUACAUAAUGAUAUUGGAAAAAGUGACUGUUAUUUUAAUUGUCUUCGUUUGGAUGAGUGAUUCUCUGACAGAUCAUCGCACAAAGAGAUCAAAUAACGAAUAUAUCUUGCAUAGAUGUACAGCUACGGCGGAAUUAAUUAGAAAGCACAGAAACGAAGAAGUCGUUCCUAUCAACUCACGCAAAGCCGAGAACUCGUCUCAAUCGCAAAUACAACAGAAAGCUCCUAAUUUUGUAAAGACAACUCUGAAUGACGCUCGUCAAGCUGAGACUUCUAAACAAACAUCGAGCAGUAUUUAUCGACGUACAACUCAUAUGAGAAGACGCGUUAAUGGACAUGCACGUCGAAUUGCAGGCAAACACCUGGCAGAUACACCUCUCAAAACCGUCAAUAUCGACGUACCACAAAAUAGACCACUGAUCUUUAAAAAAAAGAGCCCAUUACCAGAACUUGCGCAUGAUGUAUCAGGCAGAAAAAUCGAUUCGUCGCCACAUAUAAUAAUUAUCAAUCCUGUCACUUAAUGUUUUUAUAGCGGCGUUUGUGGUUUAUACUAUUCUGAUUUGUGGAUUCUAAUUUUAUUCCAAAUUGGCAUAUAAAUGUAAUUAUUUGUAAUAAUUUUAAGAAAAAACCAAGUUACAUAUUAUUUUAAAGUGUAAAGUAGCUUCUCUGUUACAGCAAUUUAUCUAUCCUUUUGUAAGUAAUGUUAUUAAUAAUCAACAAUUUUAUAAACAUCAUUUUUAUCAGGCUUAAAUUUUCGAAAAUUGUGUAA